AUGUGUCCAACCUCAAAGCCUGACGUACGUUCUCAGAUUUUGCCCCUUCGUGGGCUCAACCUACAGUCAAAACCCUUCAACAAACGCGCUAUCGCCUGGUCGUGCGAUGCUGAGCUGGCUGUGGCGGCCGAUGAUUCCGUCCACGUCUUCCUGCCGGAAUUUCCUGAAUCUGAGGAGGACGCUAUCAAAGCAGAAAAUGAUGUGUAUGGAGAUAGCCAGCCACAGGAACGCUACGAUGACGAAGGUGACGAUGACGACGACGAAGUCCAGAUCCUCGGCGCCCAUCCUCUUAUGACGAGUGGACGACAGCAAUUCUUCGAGGGCACGCGUCAGUUCCCCGUCACUUACCCACCACUCAACACGGAGAUCAAUCGUCACAUCUGGGAUGCGGCCGGCGAGCACUUCCCCGAGCUCGACGACGCUCCGCCCACUGCUCGCCCCGACGAUGCAGGUGACUCACGCUAUAAUCCCGAUCCAUAUCUUCGCACCGGUGCAGGCGCACGUCUCAUCGGCUCCGUUGGAAGCACACUAAACCAUGUCGUUGCCAUCGAGUGGUCCCCGUCAGGUAUAGGUCGCAAUGGCCGUCCUGUACUCAGCGUUCUGACAGCCAGCGGUGUCUUGGCGAUGUAUGGCGAGGGCAGCCCGAACCUAUCAUCAGGAGCAAAGGGGUCGCGAAGCACCCUCCGCGAUCUUAGCCGCUGGGUUGUGCUGUGGGCAGUCGGCGAGAAGUUCGUCGUUCCCGGACAGGAAAACUAUGGCGAACGCAUCAUCUCGUUUGCGUGGGCGCCGCAGCUUAAUAAUGGCGCCGCGCUUCUCACUUACUUGAAUGACGAGCAAGAACUCGUCAUCCUCAGCAUGCGUACAGAAUACAAGACUGGAGGUGCUUCGCAGUUCGGAGAUGAGGAGGCCGUGUGGCAUGUUCGAGAAGAGUGUAGGCUGAAGAUGGCAGGUCCGCAUCCAGUUCUUGAUCAGUGGGAUCCAGAGUAUACACCCUCUGGCUCCGCUUUUGCGUUGAAGUGCAGUCCUUGGACGAAAAAUGAGAAAGAAUGGACGUGCCUUCUUUCUUAUCUCGACAGUAACUACAUCGGCUUCCGCAAGAUUACUCUUGAAAAUACGCACGACAACCCCGGCCUAAAGGUUCAGGUUGAAGAGCAGGACUGGAGCGGUAUCUGUCUCUUCCUUGGGCCAGACGCCUUCGUAGAAUGGGAAGACAUUAUUUGGACGGAGGAGGAUGACACGAGAAUUUGCCGUGGUAUCAUUGCCACUCCUUUCAAAGCACAGUCUUUCGAAGUCAAUCUCACCAGGCGUGGUGAAACCCCCGUCAUUACACACUCGACUGAGACAUGCAGAACUACCUACCGCGAUAAGAACGAUAGCAACAACAAUCCUAUCCAGGGUCUUGUCAUUCAUCCGCUCAAUCCGGCUACUCGAACCAUAGAGCCUCUCUAUACUCUGAUCCGCCUUUCUGCAACAGCCACGAACAACGACUGGUUUGAAACAAAUGCACCCGGAUACUCUGGCCCCGACCAAUCAUCGGACCAGCGGCCCCAAUGGGCUGUCGAGAUAGCGCAGAAGAUAUCCGUUGCUACGCCGGCGGGGCUCAACGCCAGUGUCGAUGAUAGCGACGAAGAUGACAGUGGAGAGUCUGAGAAGGGAGGCGGCGCACCUCUCGCCGACUCCGAUGCCGACUCAGAUGACGAGAACAUGAACUUCGUUCCGACAGGACCAGAUAUCCAUCCCACCCGUAUGCGCCUAUGGGGCCUCGCACAGAGCCCUGGCGGUGGAUCAACAGCGGUACUGGCCACCCCUCAGAUGACACAGUUUCCCGAGCGUGGAGGAUGGCACAGUAGCCGAAGCAAUGUCAUGUUCAGCUGGACGGCACGAGAAGCUAACGACUCACAACCCGCUCGGCUUCAGGGCAUACCUGCCGUGCACGGCCUCACCACCGAGGGGCGGGUCUGGGAGUGGAUGUACGGCACGGGUGCAGGAGUACCGGGCGUGACGAGCGGUCCUGGUGUUAAUGACGCGGACACAGCAGGCCAGGCCAGGCGACUGAACGUUAAGCAUCUGUUUGCAGACGCAGUGCGUAAUCAGACAUGCGCCAUCUGCAACGGCGCGAGUUCGAUCCGCCCUGGUGCCGUGGAGAGCAUGUGCGAGAAAGGCCACAUCUUCGCCACAUGCGGCGCGAGCGAUCUCGCCAUUCAGCAACCAGGCAUCUCCCGUGCCUGUGGUGUAUGCCGAUGUCGGUGCCUCAAGAUCGAGGAGCUGGUGAAGGUCGUGCCAGACAAGGCCGAUGUCAUCCGCGCGGAAGUCCUCGGCGAUGUGUGCAUGAAGUGUGGAGGCAAGUUUAUCAAUUAA